AUGAGUCUUGCCGUCUCUUUGACGCCUCAGAAUGAUCCCGGUCUACUGGGUUUGUUAAACAACACCGGGACUGUAUGCUCUAGCCUGUAUGAGGAGACCGGAAACUUGAGCCACCUUGAAACUGCAGUCUUGUAUGCAGAGCAAGCAGUCUCUGCUACACCUAAGAAUGAUCCCGACCUUACGAAGCGGCUACAUAACCUUGGACUAAGACUAUUACGUCGAUACGAACGGAUAGGGAACCUCGAGGACCUGGACUCUGCAAUAUCCAUGGUAGAGCAAGCAGUCUCUGUCUUACCUGAGGGCCAUUACGAACGACCAUCAUACCUCAACAGCCUUGGGGGUUUGUUGUUGAACCGAUACGACCGGACAGGAAACAGAGGCAACCUUGAAGCUGCAAUACUACAUACAGCUCAAGCGGUCUUCAAUACGCCCAACGAUCAUCCGGAUAUAUCGAUAUGGAAGAACAGCCUUGGCGAUAGGUUAUUCCGCCGAUAUCAGCGAACAGAGGACAUGGACGACCUUGAGUCCGCACUGCUGAAUACGACGCAAGCAAUCUCUAAUACACCGGAGAGCAAUCCCCACCUCGCAACAUGUCUAAAUAGCCUUGGAAACAUGCUUUCGAGCCAAUACGAGGAGACGAGAAAUAUGGACGUCCUCAAGGCUGCAAUAUCAAGCAUGAGGAAAGCAGUCCAAAUAACACCCAAGGGCCACUCCAACCGGGCAAGACUACUAAGCAACCUCGGGCUUUUCUUAUUCCGCCAAUACGAAAAGACAAAUGACAAGGAUAUCUUUAACGAUGCAUUGCGGACUGCAAAGAGUGCUGUUGUUGAGACACCCAAGAACCAUCCUGAUUUGGCAAAAUAUCUAAGCAACCUCGGGGAUGUACUGUUCUGCAGCUACGAGCAGACAGGAAAAAUCGAAGAUCGCGACUCCGCUCUUAGCCUUUUCGAAGAAUCGACAAAAUGCCCUACCGCGAUACCUGUGGUGCGGGUGCAAGCGGCUCGACGAGCUAUUCGGAUUUUACUGACCUUGCCCAUGUGGGAGCGGGCUUGCGAACUAGCCCAGGACGCAGUGAAGCUUCUUCCUUCUGUUUGUGACCGCUCUUUGGACCGUCAGGAUCAGCAGCACGCAGUUUUGCAGACCGCAGGACUUGCGUCCGACGCGUGUUCUCUUUUUGUAAGGACGGGCCGUGUAAGUCAAGCCCUUCAACAAGUGGAAUUCGGACGAGGCCUCAUCCUCGGUUACUUGAUCGACAACCGUAGCGAUGCCUCCGCCUUAAAGAAGGAUCAUCCUGUUUUGGCGGACGAAUUUGAGCGAUUACGGCUUUUGGCAUCCCAACCCAUCGAUGAUGUUAUAGAGCCUAGAGCUCGCGACCACUUCAUCAACGGGCGCACGGAAGCACAUCGCCAAUUGGAGGACUGCCUGGAUCGUAUUCGUCGUCAUCAUGGCCACGAAAGGUUUCUUCUAGAGCCAACGCUGGACGAACUGCUUCAGUGUGCCACCGAAGGGCCCAUUAUAGUUGUAAACGUCACAAGCAUUAGCAGUGAUGCGAUCAUUGUCUCCAGCUCUGGUUGCAAAGCAAUCAACUUACCAGAGAUCACUUCAUCACAGGACUCGGUCCUGGCCAACGCUUUCGGCAUGUCCAGCUCAAAGGAUGGAUAUCGCGAGAAACAUGUUCGAGAUAUCAAAAGCGAAAGGGAGGUCACGACAAAAUACAGCGUUGGAUUCUUGUCUUGGCUAUGGAAAGUUUGCGUGAAACCGAUCUUCACAGAGCUUGAUAUCGCUCCUUCUGCGGAGCCUCCUCGGAUGUGGUGGAUUGGCACAGGCGUCGCCAGCUCGUUUCCGUUCCACGCUGCCGGCCUUUAUUCGGAUGAAUCACGAGAAGAUACGCUAAGUCUAACGAUUCCCUCCUACACUCCGACAAUAAAGUCGCUUGUGUAUGCGAGAUCCUGCGCAGCGAGAAAUAGCGACAAGCACGCUGAGGCUUCGGUUCUAGUCGUUGCGAUGCCUGAGACACCUGGCCAAAAAUCACUCUCCGGGGUCAUCGAAGAAAGUAAAGCUAUCCAGAAAGCUCUUGGAGAUGCUUCCAAAGUCGAGUAUCUGGAAAAGCCAUCGGCGAAAGAGGUAAUGGACAGGAUGAGACAGUCAGAUAUCGUUCACUUUGCGUGCCACGGAUCUUCAGAUAGCGCAAACCCUUCGGACAGCCACCUACUUCUGCAGACGACUACCUUAGAAGGGCCAUCCUUGGAUAAACUUACUGUUCAAGCAAUUUCAGAAAAGCGAUCUCUUGAAAAGGCGCGCAUUGCUUAUCUCUCGGCAUGCUCAACCGCAGAAGUCAAGGAUGGACAAUUCGCCGACGAAGCCCUCCACAUUGUCAGUGCCUUCCAGGUGGCUGGAUUUGGGCACGUAAUAGGCUCCCUUUGGUCUGCCGACGAUGAGACUUGCAUUCAAGUAGCAAAACUCUUUUACGAGUAUUUGGCACAAGAUGGACGGAGGAAUGCUACGAAUCGAGUCAUCGCGGAAGCAUUACGUUAUGCUACGCAAGAGGUCCGCACUGGCCGAGAUCCGAUUCUAUGGGCACCAUACAUUCACUCCGGUGCCUAA